CCCCUUUUGACUUUUUUCUUUUUUUAAUCAUACAGCCAAUUAUUCCAUUUUCUUUGAGUAUACUCGCACAAUUGAAACUUUCAGAGAAGCUGAAGUAGAACUUCACCGAGGAGCUUGGUGAGGCCACGCCCACUGCGGCCAGACAUGGAGAGGAGAAGCCUGUCUAAAAAGCGAAACUUUUCCGAGCUGGAAAUCGACACCCUCACUUCCGGGGUGGAGGUGAAUCAGGAAGUGCUCUUUGGAAGCCUCAAAACUGGAAUUAAAACGGCGCAUAAAAAAGCUGUCUGGAAGAAGAUCACAGCGGCGGUGAACAGCGUCGCCGUGGACCAGCGGACGCCGUCUGAGGUCAAGAAGAAGUGGUCAGACCUGAAGCUGGCCACCAAAAAGCAUGUUUCUGCCCUGAGGCGCAGCGGCAUGCGGGCUGGACGAGGCCAGCCGGACGCCAGCCUGAUCCUGACCGCGGCGGAGCAGAAAAUCGCCUCCAUCAUCAGAUCAGAGCUCGACGGCGGCAUCUGUGCAGGUGGAGACACCGACGCACUGGCGCCGGAGCAGAACGAGCCGGGCACCAGCGGACCGACGGCCACGUCUCCUCCCCAGAGCGCUGACAGUCCCACCGAGUCAGACCCGGGUCCGGGUCCGGGUCCCGGCCCGGGCCCGAGCCGGGCCGCCGAGCGUGGCCGCGUGCCGCCCGCUCCCCGUGCCGGACCAAGACCGGCCGUCGUCCCGGCAGAGAUCCCGGAAAGUCCAACAGAAAUCUGCCGCUUACUGACCGCAGUGGUGACCUCGCUUCAGGCAAUCAACGACACACUCAUCCAAAUCAAUCAGAAUUUAAAGAAGUCUUAA